AAUUAGUUUCGCUUUUCCCACGCAAUGUUUGACAAAAUCUGGAAUUAGAAACCCAGUUUAGCAUUCGUUAACUUGGGUGUGAAGCUUGCUGUCCAAUGGUGUCCUUGUACAACACUGGACUGGAAUUGGCAAAUCUAUUGUUAGGAUCAGACCUAUUGAAUCAGUCAUGGGAUGCAAUUUCAAAGCUUCAAAAACAGAAUGUCUCUCUUUUGGAGGACCCAUCACUUCCUUUCUCUCUUAAAUACCAUGUUUAUGAAAACCCAUCAAAGGGUUCUAUUAUCGCUUUCGUAUCUUCACCCAAUUGUGCUGUCAAUCAUUUGCGAGGAGAGUUUAGAGAGCUGAUUUCUUCAAAUGAAAUUACGUCCUUUGACUUUCUUUGCACCAAAAGUAAUACUUGUUCCAUCUCCAUUCAUAAAGCUGCUGUUACCCUUUUUGCUUCUCUUGAGAAUGAGCUCUCUCUUCUCAAACACCAGUUCACCAGCAACCAACCUCUAAUUGUUACUGGACAUUCUCUGGGAGGAUCAGUUGCAUCUCUCUUCACCUUGUGGCUGCUUGAUAGCCUUCCCAGAUAUGGUGUGCAGCAUAUUCUCUGCAUUACUUUUGGGUCUCCACUUCUUGGUAACAAUGGCUUUCAGAAAGCCAUAUCAGAGAAUCCGACAUGGAGCUCGUGCUUCUUGCACGUGGUCUCAGAUAAAGAUCCAGUUCCAAGAUUUCUCAUCUCAGACCAUAAUGCCUCUGAUGCUACAUUGACUACUACAACCUAUUACAUGCCAUUUGGUACCUAUCUCUUCAGCUCAGAAUCAGGUUUCUCUUGCUUCGAGGAACCACAAUCGAUUCUGGAGUUGAUGAUGAUAAUGAGCUCAAGAUGUGCUGAAAGUGAAAAUCUAAAUAACUGCUCUCAGGCCAUUGAUUAUGGACAUAGCUUGGAACAGCUAAAGAACAAAGCCAUUUGCAGGGGAAUCUCAGAGCUGCCUGACUCAAUAAGUAAUCCACUUCAAGCAGGUACCUAUCUACUGCUAGAAGCAACUGGAGUUGGAAAGUUACAGGAAAAUGUUAACUUGAGCUGUCUUGCAAUGAAUAUUGCAAAAAGGGCAGAGGUUCAUGCCAAACACAAGCAGAAGGUUUUUGAUCCCUCCAAAAUAAGUAUAACUAAAAAGUCUAUGUCUUACCUUGAAUGGUACAUGAAAAACUCUUUGGAAGAGGCAGGGUAUUAUGACAAAUAUAAAACUAGACGUUCCAGAAGCAGAGACGAGAUUGAAAGCACAGAAAACCUAAUCAAUCAUCACAGAACUUUGAAGCUCUUCUGGAAAAAAACAGUAACUGAAGUGGAAAAUUUGCCCUGGAAGGAGGGGAGAACUCGCCGAAAACGUUUGCUUUAUGCUGCAACAAACUAUCGAAGGAUGGUUGAACCACUCGACAUAGCUGAGUAUUAUGGUAGGGGAAAGAAAGAUUAUGUAAGUCACGGAAGAGCUGAACACUAUAAACUAUUGGAGAAAUGGUUAACUGGUGAAAAUACUCACACAUACCAGAGAAGCCAAGCCUCUAGUCUUACAGUUGAUUCUUGCUUCUGGGCUUAUGUUGAGGAAGCUUUGAUCUCUUGUGAAGUGUUAAAGGAUGGACAAAGUAGGACCCCACAAGACCAAGAAUCAGCUAGAGAAAACCUUAUCAAAUUUGAGCAGUAUGUAAUGGAUAUGAUUAAUAACUUCUUGGUGUCUCCUGAGAUUUUCUUGUCUCAAAGCAGCUUCAUGCUGUGGUGGAGGGAAUAUUCCAGAGUUGUAGGAAAUUCAUAUACCUCACCCUUGACUAAUUUUAUGGAGGAUGGCUUUCGUAGAUAUGCUUAGCAAAUUAUAUCUGUAUAGGAGAAUGUAAUUUAUAGCUUAUAUGCCCAACUUAAAACUACUUUUCCAUUCUCUCUCUUUAAUGUAACCUAUAACUUUAUAA